AUGGCUCCACCCGAGCACACGUUCCCCGUCAGCCAGCUCGAGCAGCAAAUUUACUACCACGGCGUCAACGGGAAAAGAAAAGCUCGCAAGCUGGGUGACUUUGACCUUCAACGAGACUGCGAGUUACUCGAGCUGGUGCAAUACAGCUGCACCACACCCGAGCAACAGUAUCAAAAGGCGUUGGAGAGCCGGACCGGAAUGGCGCAGAUGGAAUGCUUCCCUUUUGUGAGGCUGUUUAGGAAGUGUAUGAAGGGCAAUCACACGUUCCAUGUUGAGACCACCGCUUGGGAGGGCGAACAUGCUUGGUCUGCCAGCCAAGAUUCAAGUCCUACGAGUACAGCAACAGCAACAAAAAAGGAGAAAGACUCAAAGGACAGUGUGAAGAGUUUGUUCUGGUCCUCGCAA